AUGGCGGCGGCGGCGCUGGGCAGUUCCUGUGGGUCCGCGUCCCCGGCGGUGGCCGAGCUCUGUCAGAACACCCCGGAAACCUUCCUGGAGGCCUCCAAGCUGCUGCUCACCUACGCGGACAACAUCCUCAGAAACCCUAAUGAUGAAAAAUAUAGAUCUAUCCGGAUUGGAAACACAACUUUUUCUACUAGACUCUUGCCUGUCAGAGGAGCUGUUGAAUGUUUAUUUGAAAUGGGCUUUGAAGAGGGAGAAACCCAUCUUAUCUUUCCUAAAAAAGCUUCAGUGGAGCAGCUGCAAAAAAUUCGUGACCUGAUUGCCAUAGAGAGAAGUAGCAGAUUGGAUGGAUCAGAUAAGAGCCACAAAGCAGAAUUAUCUCAGCAACUUGCAGCCAGCACCCAGCUUCCUACAGCACAGCCUUCCAGUCCUAAUGGGUUAACCCAGCAUCCAGGGAACAGUGAAGGGCAGUCAUCAAAUCCACUGUCCGCUCCAAUGGUUACUACUGGUGAUUCAAUCAUUCUAAAAGCUCUUCAGUCCAACAUUCAGCAUGUACUGGUCUAUGAGAACCUUGCUGUCCAGGAGAAAGUGCUGGCUUGUAUUCCAGUCCAAGAACUAAAAAGGAGAUCACAAGAAAAGUUAUCUAGAGCUAGAAAAUUGGAUAAAGGUACUAAUGUAAGCGAAGAGGACUUUCUUUUGCUGGAGCUUUUACACUGGUUUAAGGAAGAAUUUUUUCACUGGGUGGAUGACGUUUUGUGCAGCAAAUGUGGUGGCCAGACUAAGUCUAGAGGCGAAUCAUUGUUCCCCAGUGAUGAUGAGCGGAAGUGGGGUGCAAACAGAGUGGAAGAUCAUUACUGUGACGCCUGCCAGUUCAGCAAUCGGUUUCCGAGGUAUAAUAAUCCCGAGAAACUUCUGGAAACAAGAUGUGGACGGUGCGGGGAGUGGGCCAAUUGUUUCACACUGUGCUGCAGAGCCCUGGGCUUCGAAGCCCGCUACGUCUGGGAUUACACAGACCACGUCUGGACAGAAGUGUACUCCCCUUCUCAGCAGCGGUGGCUGCACUGUGACGCGUGUGAAGACGUCUGUGACAAGCCCCUCCUCUAUGAGAUCGGCUGGGGCAAGAAGCUGUCCUACAUCAUCGCAUUUUCUAAAGAUGAGGUGGUUGAUGUCACUUGGCGAUAUUCUUGUAAACAUGAAGAGGUAAUCUCCAGAAGAACUGAAAUUAAAGAAGAGUUACUUCGAGAAACUAUUAAUACACUUAAUAAGCAGAGGCAGAUAUCUUUGUCAGAAAACAGAAGAAAAGAACUUCUCCAGAGGAUCAUUGUGGAGCUUGUUGAAUUUAUAUCUCCCAAAAGCCCUAAGCCUGGAGAACUUGGAGGAAGGAUAUCUGGGUCCUUGGCGUGGAGAGUAGCCCGAGGUGAAAUGGGUCCAGAGAGUAAAGAAACCUUGUUCAUCCCCUCUGAAAACGAGAAGAUUUCUAAACAGCUCCACCUUUGCUAUAAUAUAGUAAAAAAUCAUUAUGUCCGCAUUUCAAGUAAUAACCAAACCAUUUCUGGAUGGGAGAAUGGUGUGUGGAGAAUGGAAUCCAUAUUCAGAAAAGUUGAAACAGACUGGAACAUGGUGUAUUUAACCCGAAAGGAAGGAUCGUCUUAUGCUUACAUUUCCUGGAAGUUUGAAUGUGGGUCAGUUGGCCUCAACGUAGAUAACAUUUCCAUUAGGACAAGUAGCCAGACCUUUGAGACAGGAACAGUACAGUGGAAAUUGAGAUCUGAUGCAGCACAAGUAGAGCUGGCGGGCGAUAAAAUUCUUCGCUCCUAUCAUGAUUUUUCUGGUGCCACUGAAGUUAUUUUGGAAGCAGAAUUAAGCAGAGGAGAUGGUGUUGUUGCUUGGCAACACACCCAGCUGUUUAGACAAAGCUUAAAUGACCCUGAAGAAAAUUGUUUGGAGAUAAUUAUAAAAUUCAGUGACCUUUGA